GUUAGAAAGAAGUAGAAGUACCUUACUAUAAUGACCUUAGUCAAAAGAAUAUAUAACUGGACUUGCAACAUGGGUUUUCUGGCAAACAUUCUUUACCUUCUUUCCUCCACUUCACUCCAAAGGAAUGUUGCAUCUGAAAUCAAUGUACAUCCCAAAUCCCAAGAACCCUAAUUUAUCCUGUGAUCAAAAUCAAAUCUACCCACUUGAAAAGCUUUUUUAAACUUCAUAAAUUUGUAGACUCCUUGUCAAAAUCUGAUGUUCCAAAAUGGCAAAAAGGAGAUGGCUCAGUUUACUCAAGCGGUUCUUCCUCUCAGAAACAUGUCAAAACAGAGCAAAGGAAAAGAAGAGGAUAUGGGUAUUCGGGAGGCAUAAACUGAAGAGGUUAACCUCCCAAUCAGCACCUUUAGAGCGACCAAAAUCAGAAGAAGAAAGAGUGAACCCUGUGACUCAAGAAGUUGAUGAACAGAAAAAAGAAACACAUGAUAAUAUUCAAUCCACGUCAUCAUGGUAUGGUGACAAUGAAAGGGAAAGUGAUGCAGCCAUCAAGAUUCAGACAGCAUUUCGUGGACUUCUUGCAAGAAAAGCUUUAAGGGCAUUGAAGGGACUUGUAAGGCUUCAAGCUAUUAUCCGUGGGCAUCUAGUCAGACGCCAGGCUGUCACAACUUUAAAGCGUUUGCAGUCAGUCGUAAAUAUUCACUCACAAGCAUGUGCCAAGAGAAUCCAAGUCUUGGAUUGCACUUCUCAUACUAACUAUCAAGAAAAUCGAGGAAAAGAUAUAAAGAUCGAUGUGAAUAGUCAAAAGAGGUGGGAUGACAGCAUUCUAACAAAAGAAGAGGAAAAUGCCAUGUUGUUCAGUAAAAGAGAAGCAGCUAUGAAGCGUGAAAGGAUUAAAGAGUACACAUUUAACCACAGAAUGUCUUCAGAAUCCGAACAAAGCAAAGUAAAUGGAAAAUGGAGGUACUGGUUAGAACACUGGGUGGAUACCCAAUUGGCUAAAAGAGAAGAUCUUCAAAAUAUAGGAAAGAAAGAAGAAUUUGAAAAUCAAAAAGUCAAAUUACGAAACCUAAGAACACCACAUCACAGGAAACAACGUUCAAUUGGAGAAGAACAUUCGAUGUCCAUGGUGGGAUCCGGAUCUCCUGUGUGUCCAACUUACAUGGCUGCAACAGAAUCUGCAAGAGCGAAAUCCAGAUCAUUGAGCUCACCAAGGCUAAGACCCAUAAGUGUAGACUCUUGGUCUGCAACUAAUUCUCCAUAUAAACAUAAGCUUUUAUCGCCUAUAUCUUCAAUCAAUAGUGAUGCAAGCAGUAGUCGAAUUUGGAAUAAUGCUAAUAAUGGUCGUGCUGGAUUCUCACAGAGAUCACCAAGCUUGAAAGGGGUUCCUGGUCAUGUGAAAUCGAUUAGAACUUCAAAAAAUCUCAGCUAUAAUUCAGAAAGUUCAGUGCCAAAUUGGGAUCACCCCAAUCAGUUCAGAUGAUUAUAUAUAUUAUAUCUUACCAGGUAAUGCAUAAACCAUAAUAUCUUCAUCCUUCCUGCAACUGUUUGUUGUAAUCGUUAUAAAUUUAAAUGAAAUUAUUAUAAUUUGAUCAUCUAUGUUGUUAGUUACUAAUAUUCAAGC